GGUAGUCUAAAAUUAAUCUCUCUCUUUAUUGGCCAUCAGGCCCAAAGCCUUUUUAGGGGUGUGUGUUUGUGCUAAGUGAGUGCCCCAACAGGGGUUCGCCUCUCGUGGCCAGAAAUGUUCUAACCUGAGAGACAGAUCCAGACAUACAGAAGCAGCAUACUACUAAAGGACUAAGUAAGGACUAGGUGUGCUAGUGCUGAACUGGAACAAAAGCCUGCACUCCAAGACCAGGGCAGCCAUGUCGGUUUCUCAGAUCACCCCCACCCUGUUCCUGAGUGGAGCAGACGCCCCCCUCAACCAUGCCCUGGUCUCCCGCAAGGGCAUUACCCUCAUCGUCAAUGCCACCCUCAACCACGUCUGCCCAGUCUACCCAGGCGUGGAGUGCCUGCGUGUGCCCAUCUCCGACCUGCCCAGCGCCCGUCUGGGUGACCACUUUGACCGUGUGGCAGAGCGCAUCCACAGCAACCGGACUGGUGGUACGCUGGUGCAUUGUGCGGCUGGCAUGAGCCGCUCGCCGGCCCUGGUCAUAGCAUACCUAAUGCGCUACCGGGGCGUGACUCUGUGCCGGGCCCACGCAUGGGUGCAGGAGAGUCGGCCGUACGUACGACUCAACGCAGGUUUCUGGGCGCAGCUACUAGAGUUUGAGAAGAGGCUCUAUGGGAAGAAUACGGUUAAGGUGGCUGCGCCCAUGCCGCCUGUGAAGCCGCCCCUGUCGCCAUGGACACAGCGGUCACCACCGCUGUUGCCCAGGUCACCAUUGUUGUCGUCUUUAUCGCAGGCCAAGAAGUUGAAGAAGGGUAGGCUUGUAAGGAAAUAGUAGAGGAGGGAAGUUUGCUUUUCUGCCUGAAGAUGUGAGGGAAGAACUUACAGCCCUACUGCCUGAGGAUGUAAACCAGGGAAGCAGGCAUGUCCCCUGCCAUGAUUUGAUAAGGGAAAUAUAGUACAAUAAUAAUCUUUGUAUAUAUGUACACUGAACCAAAAUAUAAACACAACAUGCAACAAUUUCUAAGAUUUUACUGAGUUUCAGUUCAUAUAAGGACAUCAUUCAAUUUAAAUAAAUUCAUUA